UCCCGCCGCGAUGACAGCUCACCGCGCUCCGCCUCGCCGGGACGGGCCGCGUCGCUGCCCCGAGGAUGCCGCCAGCCGCCGCCGCGGGACAGUCCCUGCUGCUGAGCGCCCUGCUGUGGCGCCUGGCCGCCGCCGGCAGUCCAGAACUACCAACAGCAGUUAAUAUAACUUGGUCUUCAAUCAAUUUUAAAACUAUACUACAGUGGCAACCAAAACCAUCAGGUUACGUCUAUACAGUAGAAAUACACGGGCAGACAUCUGACACAAAAAAAAAAUGCAUAUGGACAACAGAAACAGAGUGUGAUGUUACUGAUGUGCUCAGGAAUGUAAAAGAGACCUAUACAGCACACAUACUGUCUGUCAUGCCCUCAGAGAUGGAUAACUUUGAAGAACCACCAUUUGCAGUCUCUGAAAAAUUUACGCCUUAUAGUCAGACUGUUCUGGGAAAACCAGAGAUACAGAACUACACGCAAAAAGGCUCCAAACUGAAUGUUGUGAUCCAAGAUCCGCUUACACCAUACACAUUUCCUAAUGGAAGCUUUCAAAGUAUUCGAGAUAUUUUCCAACAUGACCUGGAAUACAAACUGUAUUACUGGAAAGAUCAAAGUUCUGGAAAGAAAGAUGCAACAACAAAAAGCCAUGUAUUUGAAGUAAGUGUUGACAGCACAAAGAACUAUUGCUUCUACGUACAGGGAGUAAUUCCCACCCGCAGAGAAAACCGUAAUGGUCAGGAAAGCAUGGUGCUUUGUACCAGUAUAGGAAGAAACAUCUUAGAUGAGUAUGGAGCAGAAGUCUUUAUCAUCACAGCAGUGAUAGCAAUUGCAGUCAUCACUCUUGCCAUUGUCCUACCAGUGAUCCUGUGUAAACGCAAGAAAGCAAAAGCUGCAAGAGAAAAGGAACCGCUUAAUGGUGUUUAAGGAAAAAUUAUUGCAGACAGUAGUUCCAAAGUGUAAAAAAAAAAAAAAAAAAAAAAAAAAAGGCAAAACCCA